CUUCUUCCUCUCUACAUUCCGGUUACCGACGUCCGGUCCGAGCUCGCAGGACGGGAAACAGACGACUCGUCUCCUGCGUUGAAGCUGACACCUGCGAACCGAAACCUCCCGGAGGCUUAUUCGGAACCUUUGAAACCCGUUAAAGCAGCGAGUUCGACCGAUGCGGCGAUGAAGCUGACCUCCGCGCAGCGAGGCCACACCCACAAACCCCGCCUCCUCUGACUCCACCUUCCUGCUGAGGGCGGAGGCGGCGCGUGACCAGAGAUGGACAGACGAUGCAGCAGCAGCGCCGACUCGCGGCUCACCGCCAGGGAGGGGUGCUCCAUCAACAGCACCCCCCUCUGCAGGAGGGCGGAGUCCUACGAAGCCAAGGAGGUCAAGUGCAUCUCGGACGUGAGGAGGACCUUCUGCCUCUUCGUCACCUUCGACUUCCUGUUCAUCACUUUGCUCUGGAUCAUAGAGCUCAACGUGAACGGAGGCAUUCAGAACCAGCUGGAUAAAGAAGUCCUGCACUACAACUACCGCGCCUCCUUCUUCGAUAUUUUUCUCCUGGCGGUCUUCCGGUUCGUGGCGCUCAUCCUGGCGUACGCCGUCUGUAAGCUCCGCCACUGGUGGGCCAUCGCGAUCACGACUGCAGUCAGCUGUGCUUUCCUGAUCGUUAAAGUCAUUUUAUCAAAGCUGCUGUCUCAGGGGACCUUCGGCUACCUGCUGCCCAUCGUCUCCUUCGUUUUGGCCUGGAUAGAAACGUGGCUUCUGGACUUCAAGGUUCUGCCUCAGGAGGCCGAGGACCAGAACAGGUAUCAGUGCAUCAUGGACGCCGCAGAGCGAGCUCCUCUCGUGUCUGGAGGUCCUUUGUCUGACGGACAGUUCUACUCCCCCCCGGAGUCAGCAGCAGACUCUGAUGAGGAGCUGGAUGAUAAACAUGAUCCAGAGAAAGGGCUGAUUCAGCAGGUCAUAUAACGGGUUCACCUCUGACAUGUUGGGCCUCCGGUUCCUGUUGUGCUACUGAGGGGGAACUCUGCCUUACACAUUCUUCCGCCAUUUUUGUCUUUUAUUUAAUACCAUUUUUGGUCUCCUCGUGGUUCUUUGCAUCGACCUCCUGUGAAUGCAGCCAGAACAGAAAAGAAGUGCCGCUUAAAAAGCAAUUUCAGCAUCUUAUUAACUUUCAGGAUUGUUUUGCUUGAGCAGAAAAAAAACAUAUCAUCCCAAAUGCAUUCGAUUGUGUGUUUGUGUGUUUCUUGUGUUUUUACCCCCCCCCUCUUCUCCCUGUUUGUUUCCAUUACGAAUGAAUGUCUUCUCCCUACUUUUAACUCGCUGAUCUUUUAGAUGCUUGGGUUUAAAGUCACUAACACACAAUAAGUCUGUAGACUGCAUGAAGAAAAGAAGCCCACUGUCGACCUUUAAUGACCACAAAGACACCGAGACGUGAGGCUGAAAUUCACAGCGGGACUUUGAAAAGAAUGAAUAAGUAUUUAACUUGGUUUCUGCCUCACGUGUUUAACUGUAAACUCCUAAAAAGCUGCUGUCUGACAGUUGGAGUCAAAGGAGUCAAAUAUAAAUGGAUCUCUUCACGCAUGCCUUGCAAGUCGGGUCGUUUUGUUUUUUUUAUGAAAAGCUUGUCUAAAAUAGAAUCAUUAAAAUGUGAAAUCUUG